AGCUAAUUGUCAAUGUGACAUACGGUGUUUAUUGUGGAAGGUGGUGGUGGUGUAUAUAAUUUAAUGUCUUUGAUAAAAGCAGUUUUUAUUGGAACUAUAGGACUAAGCAUAAAGCAAGGAUAACCAGGGUGCCACAUAAUUAAUUAUGGCCUGUAAUUCGUGUGCAAAACCAUUUUCAUUAUUACGAAGAGAGAAAGGCUGCCCGGGUUGUGGAUUUAGCUACUGUUCUAAAUGUCUUAACAACAAGGUGUUCUUGCCGAAAAUAAAUGCUGAAGCUAAGGUUUGUGCUAAAUGUGAAAGAUCACCUUCAGGUGAAAUUAAACAAAUUGCCCCUCCAGAUGCUUAUUAUAAGAGAGUGGCAGGGAUGAGUCCUGACCAUUUUGAUAGCAUCCCUCAUAACUCUAAAGACCAAGAAAUAGCACAACGGCUCCAAAGUCUGAAAGAUGAAAGAAGUAAACUAGUUGCUUCAGAAAAGGUUACUGAAGAAGAUAUUGCUAAAAGACUUCAGAGCAUAAAAGGAGAAACACCUUUGAUAUCAGAUGAGGAGUUGCAAAUGAGAUUGGCUAAACUUAAAGGACAUCCAACAUUGGUUACCACACAAAAAAAGCUAGUUCUACCAGCGCCCGAUUUAAGAACAGAAGAAGAACAAGCCAAUGAUUUAUUAAAACAAUACAUGGAACAAACAAAAAUUGAUUCAAAAUAUAAAGAGGAAUUUGACGAUAUCAUGAAUGACAUUGAAUUUAGAAUGCACAAAUUAAAAGGUGUUUCAAAACCACAACCUUCAACCCAAAACCAACAAGAUAUUGAAUCUGAAGAUGAGGAAAAGAUUGUACAGAAUAUUAUCAAAAGGGCUAAGGAACAAUCACUUUUGGAUAAUAGUACCAUACCAGACGAUACAAAUAACGAAUUACCAUUUUGUGAAAUUUGCGAUGAAGAUGCUACAAUGAGGUGUUUGGGCUGCAAGUAUUUGUUCUGCAAGACAUGUUUCAUGGAACAUAAAGAUGAUGAUGAUGGUUGUGAUAGAUAUGAGUUAUAUAAACCACCUAAUAAUAAUAAAUAAUUUAUUAUUGAA